AUGGUUUUUACAGAACGACAACGUUAUACUGUCGGCAUCAUAGUAUUACUUUGUGUGGUACUGAUUUGGGUCGGUUCUUCGUUUUUAAUGAACAAUAUGUUUGGAGAACAAGAUUAUAAUAAACCAUUCGCCAUUACAUAUGUAAAUACAGCUUCCUUUUCAUUAUAUUUAUUAUACUUUCUUUGUAAUAAGAAGCGUCCUAUAGAUAAACAAAGAAUAAUUGAAUUUAACAACGCGUUGUAUGAUGCUCUAUCACGUUCUUCAUUUGAUUCAACAAGUGAAGCUUCAUCGAAUUCAAAUGAUGGUAUGAAUGAUUUCCAAGAAAAUAUUACAUUACAACCCGAGGAUCACUCUAUGUACUCAUCAUCUCUUGAAUUAGGGUUAAUUAAUGACAAUAAUUCUUCUUUUAUCCGAUCACAUCAUGAAACAUCAGAUAAUCAUCCUCAUAUCGACCCUCAUGAUGUACUUUCGUCCAUGCGCGAUGAUGAAAAUCUGUCAACUCGACAGAUUGCCAAGUUAGGAUUUACCUUUUGUAUGUUAUGGUUUGCAGCCAAUUGGAGUACCAAUGCAUCCCUUGCGUAUACAUCUGUCGCAAGUAGCACAAUUUUAUCUUCAACUUCAGGUUUUUUCACUUUAGUUAUUGGAUCUUUGGUUAGAGUUGAAAAGUUUACAUUCCUUAAAUUUGUAGCAGUUGUAAUAAGUCUACAUACUUCUACUAAUUCAUUGUUUGGUGACAUUCUUGCUCUAAUUGGAGCUUUCUUUUAUGGAUGUUACACUAUUUUAUUGAAAUUACGUAUUCAAAACGAAUCUCGUGUUAAUAUGCCUUUGUUCUUUGGAUUUGUUGGGAUUUUCAAUGUGAUUUUGCUAUGGCCAUUAUUUUGGUUGUUGCAUUUUACUGGGUUAGAGCACUUUCAACUUCCACCAAAUAAUACCAUAUGGAUAAUGGUUGCAAUAAAUGCAUUGAUAGGUACUUUCUUAUCUGACUAUCUCUGGCUUAUUGCCGUUUUGAUGACGUCACCGCUAAUUGUUACGCUUGGGUUGAGUUUGACGAUACCUUUGGCAUUGCUUGGUGAUAUAUUUUUCAAAGGACUUUUCAUGAGCACAGGGUAUUGUUUUGGAGUUAUUAUGGUGAUUAGUGGAUUUAUUGGUGUGAAUUUUUUGGAGAUUAAAGAAAAAUCUAAUGAUCGAAAGCCCGAGAUAUAUUUAGAUAAUGAAAGAAAUUCUGUUCGUAUUUUAUCAGUACAAUAG